AUGCAGGCUAUCCGCGACCAAGGAUCUACUACUUCGCCGCGGCGGACAGCAAACUCGUACAAAAUACCGGCGAUUCCCUACCACAACUCAAACCAAGCCACCAAGCUUCUUUCUCCGCCAGGUCAGGCAGUUCGAGCCGGGUUACCAGCCCAGAACGUAGCCGUGCUCGGAAAUCUCCAGUGGAGUCGGCAGGGUAUUUGCUCAGCAGACGGCUGCUGGCCGUCCACAGACCUGGCCGUCUCUGUAUCCGACCAUCUCUACUCCUCUAUACUUACCUGCACUCCCUUUGCCUUCUCGUCCUUGUAUUUAAAUGUUCGGCUCGGCCCGUCGUCUUGGCCUGAUCUCAUCUUCGUUCCCAUACCACCACACCACCUGACAGACUACCAAUCAACUCUGCCUUUCGACUCUCUCUACUUCCUCUUACAAGAAUAUUCGAAAGGUAUUCCCGAAGCCAAGAUGCAGCUGCCUGUUGGACUCGUCUCCCUCGUCUCUCUCUCCAUCGCCCUCGUCGGCGCAACCCCCAUCGAACAGGCGCGGGUCGAAGCGGGGACGACUUGUGGUAGAACCUACUACUCGGCUGAUGCUGUCCGCAAGGCUUCGAAUGCCGCCUGCUCCUACGUCCAGGACGGCGGUCGAGCCGGCAGCUCGAGCUACCCCCAUCGCUAUAACAACUUUGAGGGCUUCUAUUUUCAAGGCGAAGAAGGGCCCUUUUAUGAGUUUCCUCUGAUGAGCUCGGGCAAAAUUUACGGCGGCGGCCGCCCCGGUGCCGAUCGCGUCAUCAUCAACGAAGAUUGCAAACAGGUCGGCCAGAUCACCCACACCGGUGCCAGCGGCAACAACUUUGUGGGCUGCUCGGGAACCGACUAA